CACCGAUCAACGGAAAGAGCCGACAAUGUUGGCUCGGUCAGGUGAUCAGCUGUGUCCAAUCACAGCUGAUCGCAUCAGUGCCACCUGUCAGUGUCCAUCAGUGCCAGCUGUCAGUGCUCAUCCAUGCCACCUGCCAUUGCCUAUCAGUGCCACAUCAAUGCCACAUUUCAGUGCCUACCAGUGCACAUCAAUGCCACAUAUCAGUGCCCAUCUGAGCUGCCUUUCAGUGCCACCUAUCAGUGCCAGUCAGUGCCACCUAUCAAUGCCAGUCAGUGCCACCUAUCAGUGCUGCCAAUCAGUGCCUCCUAUCAGUGCCAGUCAGUGCCACCUAUCA